UCAAUACCACCACCACAACCCGCAAGCGCUCUUCUUCCAUCCAAUCCUUCUCCUUCCGAAGGAAGCCGAUGCCGAAAUGGUUCGCCCUCCGUCAGGUUGUAAGGUUAAACAACAAGAAUGGAGACGAAUGCAUCAAAGGAGGCAUCCACGAUCGGCCUGCUGACCCGAUCGUUCUCGAACAGGAGGAAUACCCGUCCCGCACUCUACGACCGCGCCUCGUCGUCGUUGAGAAUGGCAAAUGCAAAACUGUAAAUGCAAAUGCAAACACAGCUCACUCAGAUCAUAGUGCUGACGACCCCACCAUUUCUCAUCAACCGCGUCAUAUCGCACCACACCACCAGACAAACGCAAAGCUGUCUAUCAAUCAACCAGACGAGAUCUCAUUCAUUGCUGCACCCAGACUUUCAUCCACACCCACAAAGCCUGACCAGGCACAAGGCUGGCGUCACACGAAAACGUCCCGACCCCAUCUCUGUUUGCCAUUGCCGUGGACAGCAAAGACGGGAACCCGACCCCUCACCAUCUGCAGCAGCGUUGGCGUUUACCUUGUCUCGUCAGAUUUUGGAAGCAUCUCGCAUUAAGUCUCGUGCAGGGCUGGGCUCCUCCAUUCUGUGGCACCUAAGCCCGUUCGAGUAUGCCAACAACAGCCACCGCAAGUCGACAAUGCGCGAAAUGUUUGCUGUGGAAAGAAACAGACAAACGCCUGCUUUUGCCGAGACAUACGGGUACGGAUUUCCCGUAUUUCGCCUUGGGCUCUCGGUCUCAACGCGGGGCAACGGUAACGCGGUGUUGUGCUGUACUCGGUGAGCCCCAACCUUUCAAACAAAACCAACAAACUCUCUCUGCAGACUCGCUGCAGUGAAGAUCCAAAACAGUCUCCCUUCCGUUCAAGGCAGAAUGAGAACAGUGCUCGCAUAUAUUGCACCCCGAAACCACCUAUUAUUGCCUGCGUCGGCUUAGCUACCUACUGACAUACAUCCCGCACGG